CUUUUUAAUUUUCUUUUUUUUCAGACAAAGCUUUAUUUUUCGUGCAUGAAAGGGAAGAAUUAAAAAUAUAAGAACUGAGACGAAAAUCACAUUUCUUUCCAAAAUGACUGAUUCGGUGGUAGUCAAAGAAGGGUUACUACACAAGCGAGGAGAGCACAUCAAAAACUGGCGACAGAGAUACUUUAUCCUGAAGUCAGAUGGACAGUUCCUGGGGUUUAAAUCUAAACCAAAUAUUCCCCAAGAAAUGUCCGAUCCUCUCAACAAUUUUACUGUCAAAGGUUGUCAGAUAAUGCAGGCGGAGAGACCUAAACCAAAUACAUUCCUCAUCCGUGGUCUUCAGAUGACAACAGUCGUAGAGAGAAUGUUUCACGUAGAGACUCCUCAAGAAAGAAAAGAGUGGAUUGAGGCAAUAGAAUCAGUUAAACGAAAACUGGAGGAUAACCCCGAGGGAGGAGAGGAGGAGGAGGAGACAGGAGAUUCAGAUCCAUUGGAGAAAUUCUUCGCAAAGAGAGGAGAGAAGCAACAUAAGUCUGGGAAGAAGAAAGUGACUUUUGAAAAUUUCGAGUUCCUGAAAGUGCUCGGGAAAGGAACUUUUGGGAAGGUAAUCCUGUGUCGAGAGAAGACGACUUCACAUCUUUACGCCAUUAAAAUUUUGAAAAAGGAAGUUAUCAUCAAGAAAGACGAGGUUGAACACACCCUGACAGAGAAAAGAGUUCUUCAAUCCACAAACCAUCCUUUUCUAACAAGUUUAAAGUACUCGUUUACCACCGAGGAUCGUCUUUGCUUCGUAAUGGAAUAUGUGAACGGAGGAGAGUUAUUCUUCCAUCUAUCUAAGGAGAGACAGUUCUCAGAGGAUCGUACCAAGUUCUAUGGAGCUGAAAUCAUCUCUGCUAUUGAUUAUCUUCAUAAACGUGGAAUUAUCUAUAGGGAUCUAAAGUUGGAGAACCUUCUUUUGGAUAAGGAUGGGCACAUCAAGAUAGCAGAUUUUGGAUUGUGCAAAGAAGAUAUUGAAUGGGGAAAAUUCACCAAAACGUUUUGUGGAACCCCAGAAUAUCUUGCACCAGAGGUGUUGGAGGAUAAUGAUUAUGGACGAGCUGUGGACUGGUGGGGGGUUGGGGUCGUCAUGUACGAGAUGAUGGUUGGUCGUCUUCCGUUCUACAAUAGAGAUCAUGACAAGUUGUUUGAGCUUAUACUGAUGGACGAGGUGAGGUUCCCCCGAUCUAUUAGUCCUGAGGCCAAGGAUCUGUUAAGCGGGUUACUUAUCAAGGAUCCUCUCCAGAGGCUGGGAGGAGGACAGGAGGAUGCAGAGUAAGUAAAGAGUCAGUUCGCAAAU